CGUUGAGACUAUAAAACCCUGCCGCAUCCGGCCGUCCACUCGCACCCAGCUCUCACCUUCACCUCUGCAAGCUUACAUCCGUCAGCAGCAAGAACCACCAGAGGCAGCAAGCAGCGUCAGUUGCCGGUUCCUAACUCACUUGAGCGAUCAGAUAUAUAGCCAGCAACUCAGGAGCCAUAUACACGUACACGCGCAUGGCCGCUUCCUCCUCCUCCUCCUCAUCUGCCGCGGUGGUGCUAGCGGCGCACUGCGCCGUCUUGCUCAUGCUCGCCCUGGCCGGAGCCGCUCACGGCAACCCUCCUAGUAGCGCCGGCUCGGUGCUGAGCUCGACGUUCUACGACGCGUCGUGCCCCAGCGCCCACGACGUCGUCCGCCGCGUGAUCCAGGACGCCAGGGUCUCCGACCCGCGCAUCCCGGCAAGCCUCAUCCGCCUCCACUUCCACGACUGCUUCGUUCAGGGCUGCGACGGCUCGCUCCUCCUUGACGACGACCUCCCGGCCAUCAAGACCGAGAAGACUGUGCCGGCCAACAACAAAUCGGCGCGCGGCUUUGAGGUGGUCGACGACAUCAAGAGCGCUCUGGAGGAAGCGUGCCCAGGCAUCGUUUCCUGCGCCGACAUCCUUGCUCUCGCGGCUGAGAUCUCCGUCGAACUCGCUGGAGGGCCACGAUGGAGGGUGCUCCUCGGCCGGCGAGACGGCACGGCGACCAACAUCCAGAGCGCCAGAAACCUACCCAACUUCUUCGACCCCCUGAACGUCCUCCAGGAGAAGUUCAGAAACGUCAACCUGGACGACGCUGACCUCGUCGCUCUCCAAGGUGCGCACACAUUCGGUAAGGUGCAGUGUCAGUUCACGAGGGAGAACUGCACGGCCGGCCAAUCCAGAGGUGCACUGGAGAACCUGGACCAGGUCACACCCAACCGGUUCGACAACAAGUAUUACGGCAACCUGUUGGAGGGCCGCGCUCAGCUCCCGUCAGACCAGGUUAUGCUGUCGGACCCUGCCGCGGCGGCGACCACUGCUCCCAUUGUCCAUCGGUUCGCAAGCAACCAAAAGGAUUUCUUCAGGAACUUCGCGGCGUCCAUGAUUAAAAUGGGAAACAUUAGCCCGCUGACAGGGAAGGAUGGGGAGAUCAGGAAGAACUGCCGGAGGGUUAACAAAGGCUACUGAAAAACUCGGAUUUGAUUCCUUUUUUUGUAAACAAAUGUGAUGCUUGUGCAAAUCAUUCUUUUUAUUCAAUUUCUCAUUUUUUUACCAACAAGGUGUUCCUUUUUUUUUUCUGUUUUCGAAAGCAAAUGUAGAAAUGUUCUUAUAAGGGUCGUAUGCCCAUUUAAAGAAAAUUGAAUAAUAUAUUUUUUUAUGAAA